CAUUGAAUGAAGGUGGAGCUAAGAUUUCUAUUUUAGGUACAAACUAAAGGAGAUUUGCUCAGAGUGGAGUCUAAGGUUCAGAUUUUGGAAUGAUUACCCCAUAUGCUGCACAGGUUGACUUACAAAAGAUGUUGAGAAGCAAUGAGGAUAUAAACUGGGAAAUUGAUGUUUUGAGACCAUGUUGCACCCACUCUCCUAGUGUUGGUGCCAGGGCUUGUGAUGGACUUUGGAAGGUGUCGAUGUCUGGGAAGUCAAAACCUAAUGACCAAGUGGAGGAAGAAAGAGUUGGUACUGUAGCAAAAUAUUGGCACCUAUUUCUCAAGGGUCAAGGAUCGAUCAUGUCUAGACCUCAGCUGACGACGGUCACUUGUGGUUUGUACAUGGUGUCAACACUCAGGACUCAAGGGAUGAUUUUGAUCUGGACUAUGUCCCAAGGUUUUUUCUGAUUUGGGUUUUCCAAGUAAAAAUUUUGGUGUUGAUUCUCUUUACUUUUCCGCAAUUACUUUUGGGGAUUUGAUUACUAGUGGUUGGUAACAAUGUCUUACUGUGUUUCCUUAAUAAGUUUACAGAGAUGGA